GAUGACCUGGAGUAGCACGACAAGCAGUGGUUACUGCAGCCAGGAGGACUCGGACUCAGAGCUCGAGCAGUACUUCACAGCGCGUACCUCACUGGCGCGCAGGCCGCGCCGGGAUCAGUGCUGGAGCAGCUGUGCCUCUCGGAGUCUCCCAGGUGUCCCCAUCAUCAGAGACCUCUGUGAUGUGUGCCAUGAGUGUGGCCGCCAGGCUCAGAUCACUGUUCCGGAGAUGGUACACCUCAGAAGAGCACCCUGGUCAGGGCAUCGGGAAAGAGAGAUGGGGACCAUGAAGUAAAGUUCAGUAUACCUGGCAGCAGUGGGGCAGAACUCCUUACAUGAGUCAAGAAAAGGGAGUUGUGGAUAACUCUUUAGGGGAAAAUUCUAUACCUGGAAAGCUGAGCCCAGAGUUUGGGUACAAGGUUUGAGUGUGGAUCCCUGGGACUGUCCGUGUGUCACUCAGGCCUGAGCCAUCUUCCAUUGUGGAAAGGAUGAGCCCGUGGAGUGGGAGACACCUGACCUUUCUCAGGCUGAGAUUGAGCAGAAGAUCAAGGAGUACAAUGGCCAGAUCAACAGCAACUUGUUCAUGAGCCUGAACAAGGAUGGCUCCUACACAGGCUUCAUCAAGGUUCAACUGAAGCUGGUGCGCCCUGUCUCAGUUCCCGCCAGCAAGAAGCCACCCUCCUUGCAGGAUGCCCGGCGGGGCCCAGGGCGGGGUACAGCUGUGAAACGCCGCACCUCCUUCUACCUGCCCAAGGAUGCUGUCAAGCACCUGCAUGUCUUGUCACGCACACGGGCACGCGAGGUCAUCGAGGCCCUGCUGCGCAAGUUCUUGGUGGUGGAUGACCCCCGCAAGUUUGCACUUUUUGAGCGGGCUGAGCGCCAUGGCCAAGUGUACCUCCGGAAGCUGUCAGAUGAUGAGCAGCCCCUACGGCUACGGCUCCUUGCAGGGCCCAGUGAGAAGGCCCUAAGCUUUGUCCUGAAGGAGAAUGACUCUGGGGAGGUGAACUGGGAUGCUUUCAGCAUGCCUGAGCUACACAACUUCCUACGCAUCCUGCAGCGGGAGGAAGAGGAACAUCUCCGCCAGAUCCUGCAGAAGUACUCGUAUUGCCGCCAGAAGAUCCAGGAAGCCCUGCAUGCCUGCCCCCUGGGGUGACCUCUCGUACCCCUGGGUGGAAGGAGGAGAGUAGGCAGCGCCAAGGGCGUGCCGUGUGAGUGUGCAAAGGGCCAUGUGGCCCGAGGAAUGAGUGUGCAUGGAAGCCCUCUCUUGCUGGGGGAAUGAGCCCAGAGAACAGCGAAGGAGCUGGCCCCCUGUGUCCACCAGUGGGUGUAGCAGAGCAUGGCUCUACAUCCUUCUGCCCUUUGUGUACUGGGUCAUGGUGGGCCAGGGUUGCCCUGGGAAGCUGCUCCAAGCUUGCAGCAGGGGUAGAGGAGACAGAAGUCUCCUUAAUUUGUGUCUCAGAUAUGAGAAUCUUGGAGACCCUACAAACAGAAUAGGGUCAUGUUUGCAGGGAUGAGGGCCCUCACCUAUGGUGAAAGGUUGUGUGUUUCGGGUCUUGGAUGGGGUCUCAGGACAGUCCUAUCAGAACCAAGGGUGGGUGUUUAAGGUAAGACAGGCAUCAAGAAAGAGUCUAGGGUUCCCUCUACAGCACCCUCUGGCUCCUCACACACCCUGGGGUCAGGGAGUGCUGGCUCAUGGUGCAACAACAGUGCCUCUGCCUCCUCCAAGGAGGAUGUCCCUGUGCCAGGGUCUGUGUGAGUGUGGGCACUGUCCCAGGUCUGUGCCUUGUUUGCCAGUCAAAGCCAGGGUCUUUCCCUUGGGUAUUUUUGAUGAUGUGUGCGAAUGUAUGUAAUAUUUUGUGGCCUCAGUUGAAUGCCUCCUGUGGGGGAAGGGGUGGGGGUGACAGUCAUCAGGGCCUGGGGUCUGAGAGAAUUGGCUAAAUAAAGAUUUAAGAAUUC